GGUCGUGCUUUUAUUGUGAAAUGUGGGUGUAGGCGGACAGUCGCGCUUCCUCAAACUCUCCCCACCGCAGCCGCCCGUAUUGCGCUUUUCUCUGUGUACCACUCCGUCCUAAGGUAUGGAGUUGCUGCAGGGUCUGGAGGUCUAUAUCCCACCUGAGGCUGAGGUGAAGAGCGUGCCUCUGCUCGCUCUCUCCAGCUCCGUGCGCCGUAAGAUGGGCCUGUCUGCAGGGCUGGACUCCCUCCCAGACUCCCCUCUCUGUAUGUGGAUCAGUCCCGCACUCUUCCAAAGGAAAGGCCAGAAGGACCUGCCCCAGGGCAAAGAUGGGGCCAGGCAGCAGGUGUUGAGUAUGCUCGGCAACCGCCAGGCCUGCCCCAGCUUAACUAAAGGUUAUGGCCAGUGUAAGAUGACCUUUGUGACUGCUCACUCUACAGCAUACAAGGUCCUGAAGGAGACUCUCCCAAUGAUUCCAAACACACGGCUCUGCAGUGCCCCCACAGUCCCUCUGGGGGCACUGCCUGACACUGAACAGGACGCGGUCAUCAUUCACCAGGGUCGAGUUUACCUGUCUGUGAAAAAAGCCAAGAAACGGAUAGCCAGACCUCAUAGCUCUGCUGGAGCCUGCAGUACUGUCACGGGCCAGGUGGCGCCAGUCAUCCACAAUAAGCUCAAGAGGAGGCAGGACUCUCUAUGUGAGGGCACAAAUAAGUCUCAACCCAAACCCUCAGGAAGCCAGCAAAGGGCGACUCAGAGCCAGGGGUCCAGUGCGGUGGCCACUCAAUGCCACAGUGACAGUGUGUGGGCUGGUUGCAGCGACGGAGGCAGCAAGGACCAGGAGCCACCAGAGGAAUCCAGUGAUCAGCGCCUGGGCCUGGCCCUGGCCCCUUACAGCGAUCAGCACAGCCACACUGAGAGCUCCGCGCUUUUGGCCCUUCACAGCUCGGGCUCAAAGAUGAACAUUGACUUUGAUGAGUUGGCGAGCAGAGAGAGGAUCGCUGUGAUAAAGUCCAAAUUGGACUCUCAGUGAACAAAGGGCCAGUGCAUAUUAUAGGUUGUCAUGUUUUUCUAAUUCUGACUUGGUUUGUGGAAACAUGUUGAGCAAAAAAGUAGGGUGCACUGAUCCAGUAUAUCGAAACUAUGGUUUUGGUAGCAGUUGAUAUCAGUAAAUACUCAGUGUAGGGAUUGAAAAUGGCAUUUUCUCUCACAAAAUGGUUAAUUUAUUACAAAAUUGGUUCAGUUGUGUUUUGUAACUGUUAUUUAUCCUGCAAGAACAUUAUGAGAUGUGGUCCUGCAUCAGUCAGUAAAUUAAAGGCCCUACCAGGAUAGUGAUACCAAUACUCGAUCUUACAAAUUUAGCUGGAUCAGUACUAGUAUUUGAUAUUAGUAUUGGUGGCCCAUGUGGUCAUCCUGAAUAGUCUGGUGUACUAUCUUAUGUACAAAUUAUUAUUCCUUGAGUGAUAUUAGUUAGCACAUAGCUGGUUAGCCUCUGCGAUGCCUUUGACCUCUUAAUAUUUGAAUUUUUCAAAAAGUAUGGAAAAAUGAAUGAGAAAUGUACCUCCAGAAUCGACACAGACUUGGAAGUUGGAAGACUAUUGAGCCCAGAUUAUUUAUACCUGUAUAACCUAACUGAAUAAAAAUAAUCUGCCAAUUAUUUUGAAUACAAUAUCACUCCUACAUCUGAUCUUUGUCACUUUAGUUUGUGUUUAAAAAGAAAAAAAAAUGCUGUGAAACUGCUUGCUUCUCCAUAGAUUAGGUAGGUAGACUCCAUGUAACUUUUCCUGGAGGUGAGCUCCAUAGAGAACUUGUGUUUAAAAAAUUUGGCUUUAAUUAUUUGGUUAUCUCUUUCCUUUGCUCGUCUACUCAUUGAAAGAAAGUGUAUGUUUGACAAAAGCUUUGUUUGAACAGAUAAUUACAUUCAGAUUUUAUAGAAAAUAGGUAAUAUAUUAUUGUAAAGCACACAAAAUACUGGGUCCUUUUUCACAAUAAACCUCUUUAUUUUGGAUGACUUC